AUGACUACAGCGGUCCAGCAGCAUGUUGACGAGCACUUCGAUAUUCAUGAAGAUCUCAGGACGGAAGACACGGAGAUGAUGCCCGAGGAGGAGCGCACAGAGGAGGCUGCGCCAAUGGACGAGGAAGAACGCGCUCAGUUGUUCCAGCAGAAACUUCAACAGCGCCAUCAUACGGAGCAAGUGCAUCCCCAUCAACAACACCAGACACACCAUGGCCAACCACAACGUCAACCCGAAGAUGAGCCCCAAGAAGAGGAAGAGGAGGAGGAAGAAGAAGCAGCCGAAGAGUCUUCUGAAGAGGAAGCUGUUGAUCGCAGUGUUCAAGCAGAUAUGGACAAGCUGCAGAGCGACUUCCCUGGCUUUCGCAAUCGGUAUAGGUUGAUCAAGCGUAUCGGUGAAGGAACAUUCUCAACCGUCUAUAAAGCCGAGGAUAUAAUGUACGACCACUACGACAAUAGUUGGGACUAUGAAGACGACUCGUCAAAGUGGACGCCACCACCAAAAGCAACCGACAGUCCAGUUGCUCCUCGUCCCCGUCGCAAGGCGCGUUACGUCGCCAUCAAGAAGAUCUACGUUACCUCAAGUCCGUCGCGAAUCCUUAAUGAGCUGGAACUGCUUCACGAUCUUCGCCAAUGUCCCUCCGUCUGUCCACUCAUCACCGCUUUCCGCGAAACCGACCAGGUCGUGGCUAUCCUGCCCUACUUCCGUCAUGGAGAUUUCCGUACAUAUUUUCGCGACUUGACCAUUCCCGAGAUCUCCAUCUAUUUGCGCGAACUCUUUACCGCCCUCAAAAGUGUUCACGAUCACAAGAUUCUUCAUCGAGAUAUUAAGCCUACCAACUUCCUCUAUGACCCAGGCACUCAGCGCGGUGUUCUGGUUGACUUUGGUCUUGCGGAGAGAGAAGGCUCUGAUGCCAAGCCUUGUCUCUGUCAUGAAAGCCGAGAAGUCCGCAAGACCCGUCAGACAAACUCAGUUUGGGCGCAAAAUGCUGCGACCCCUCAAGCAGGCUAUCCCAAGUCCGACACACGAUCCUCGCGUCGCGCCAAUCGUGCAGGUACUCGAGGUUUCCGCGCCCCUGAAGUGCUUUUCAAAUGUACGGAGCAGACUACAUCCAUCGACAUCUGGUCCGCAGGUGUUAUCCUGCUCACCAUUUUGUCGAAGCGAUUCCCCUUCUUUAACUCGGCCGAUGACGUUGAAGCCAUGAUUGAGAUAGCAACCAUCUUUGGUAGCAAACGCAUGAAGGCCGCAGGUUUGCUCCAUGGAUGUGUCUUCGAGACUAGCAUUCCCACUGUCGGUCAAGGAGGCUUCUCAAUGGAGAAGAUCAUCAUGUGGAGCACGUGUCGAGGAGAGGACAAGCCUCUGACACCAGAUGAGAAGAUGGCUAUUACCUUUCUCGAAUGGUGCAUGGAACUGGACCCCAGCAGGAGGAUAACAGCUGCGGAAGCACUUGACCACGAGUUCCUCCAGCUGGAUAUAUCUGCAGCUGAGCAGGGGGCUUAUAGCGAAUAG